GGGUGUGUAGGGGGAGAUGGCGCUGCAGGCUCGGGCUCUCUAUGACUUCCAGAGCGAGAACGUGGGUGAGAUCUCGGUGCAGGAGGAUGAGAUGCUGACCGUUUACAGCGAGCAGGACAUUGAUGGCUGGCUGGAGGGGGUCAACAGCCGGGGGGAGAGGGGACUCUUCCCGGCCUCCUAUGUGCAGAUCCUGCGGGCGGCGAGCGGCGGGGCAGCGCCCGGAGAAGCCCCCACCUCCCGUUACGCUAAUGUCCCGGCGGGGCCCGGCCUGGGAGCGGGGACGGGCAGCACCUUCUGCCCCCCGCCCCUCAUCCAAGUGCCGCCGGCAGGAGGGGGAGGCCCCGGGCCGGGGUCCGGGCCUGGGCCUGGGCCUGGCCUGAUGCAGCUGGCCGGCCUCCAACACCAGGCGUCGGGGAGCGGCGACGAAGACGAUUGGGACGACGACUGGGACGACAACUCGACGGUGGCGGACGAGCCGCUGUCAGGCUCCGGUGGAGGAGGCGGCGGCGGCGGCCUGGGUUUCUCCCCGGAGCUGGACGGCCCAGGCCGGUAUAAAGUGAGCACGGGGGCCCGGGCCGGAGGAGGAGGAGGCGGCGGUGGCGGAUCGUCCGGCUCCUCCAAGAGCACGGCGACCGUCAGCCGCAACCUGAACCGCUUCUCGACCUUCGUCAAGUCCGGCGGCGAGGCGUUCAUCCUGGGGGAGGCGGCGGGCUUCGUCAAGGACGGCGACCGGAUCUGCGUGGUGAGCGGGCCGCACGGCCCCGAGUGGCAGGAGGACCCUUACCCGUUCAGCUGCUCCAUCGACGAGCCGACCAAGCAGACCAAGUUCAAGGGCAUCAAGAGCUACAUCUCGUACCGCGUGGUGCCCAGCCACACCCAGAGCCCGGUCAACCGCCGCUACAAACACUUCGACUGGCUGUACGGCCGCCUGGUGGAGAAGUUCCCGGUGAUCUCGGUGCCCCACAUCCCGGAGAAGCAGGCCACCGGCCGCUUCGAGGAGGACUUCAUCUCCAAGCGCAAGAAGGGCCUGAUCCUGUGGAUGAGCCACAUGACGAGCCACCCGGUGCUGGCCCGCUGCGACGUCUUCCAGCACUUCCUCACCUGCAGCGACGAGAAGGCCUGGAAGCAGGGCAAGCGCAAGGCCGAGAAGGACGACAUGGUGGGCGGCAACUUCUUCCUGACCCUCAGCACCCCGGCCAGCCCGCUGGACCUGCAGGAGGUCGAGAGCCGCGUCGACGGCUUCAAGAGCUUCACCAAGCGCAUGGACGAGAGCGUCUUCCAGCUGAGCCACACCGCCAACGAGUUCGCCCGCAAGCAGGCGGUGGGCUUCAAGAAGGAGUACCAGAAGGUGGGCACCUCGUUCCGCCUGCUGAGCCAGGCCUUCGAGAUGGACCAGCAGCCUUUCUCGGCGGGGCUCAACCGCGCCAUCGCCUUCACCGGCGACGCCUACGAUGCUAUCGGAGAACUUUUCGCAGAACAGCCCAAACAAGACAUAGACCCGAUCGUGGACUUAUUAGCACUUUACCAGGGGCACCUGACCAACUUCCCCGAUAUCAUCCACGUCCAGAAAGGUGCUCUAACCAAAGUAAAGGAGAGUAAACGGCAUGUGGAAGAAGGGAAGAUGGAGGUGCAGCAGGCAGAUGGAGUCCGUGAGCGCUGUGACACUAUUUCUUUUGCUACACUGGCAGAGAUUCACCACUUUCACACUAUUCGUGUGUCAGACUUCAAGGCACAAAUGCAGCAUUUUCUUCAGCAGCAGAUCCAUUUUUACCAGAAGGUGACUCAGAAGUUAGAAGAAGCAUUGCAGAAAUAUGAUGCUGUUUAAUUUGUCAGUUUGACAAUUUUUUUUUUUGUGGCCUUUUCACAUCUGAUACAGAUGGUCAGCAGACUGUCAAAACACUCUGGAGUCACCCAUGGCAUUUACAGAUAAUGUUGAGACCCAAACUUGAUCUGGUUUCAGAAUCAAAAUCUGUUGAACAAUCUUCGAAAUGGAGUCAGUUACCUGGCAAAUUACUCCAAGUUAUGUGGGUGAGGGAUUGGGAGGAAGGUCAUUUAUAUAUGUUAUGUACUAUAUGCUUACACUACCAUACUAAUUUGUAUGUGUGUACUAUCUAACUUUGCUUUAUUUAACAAAGUUAUCUAGGGUAUACCAUUUGGGCCCCAAAUCCUAAAGCAGGAUGGUUGGGUUGACUGUGUUCUCUAUACGGCCUAUUCUAACUGAUGAAACUAUUAGACUUUAAUCUCUUCUGUGAUAAAUGAAAUGCAAAGACUAAAACCUGUUUACAGAUUCCAGCUGGAGCAGCUAUGUUACUCGUGCCUUUUGAGUUACUGUUUGUCUUCUGUAGUUUAUAAUAAAUCUUAUUAAUGGGGGGGAAUCUCAUAUGCUUCUCAUGUUGAAGUUGCAGCAGCAAGUGGGGAAAAAUGAUUUGGACCGGUGGAUUAUAUUUUUUUAAAAAAAAAAGUCCUCUGUGCCCCUGUGCUGGUAGCAAUCGCACAAAAUUCUAAUGAAACUUACAAUCUUCUCAGGAAAGUGGAAGAUGCUAUUUAUUUCUGAACACAACCAUUAUGCAGGCAGGAACCAUGUAUAAGUUUGAGUGACUUAUCGACAUUAGGUGCAAAUCUCUGGCUGACUUCCCAAUGUAAGGACUGGAAGAUUUAUUUUAAAAAUUCUGAAAGCUUAAUGAAGGAAUAGGAUGACUUUUUCUUUCAAGUUCCCAGGAACUUGAUUUUGUACGGAUUUUAGGUUACGAGAAUACCUGACAUCUGACCUAGAACUGUUAUUUGAGGAAACUUUUUAAACCAUGAAUUACAAUCAGUGACUGGUAAAUGUGGCAAUCACUUGACUGAAUUGUUUCCAUCUUUCAUGAUGGAAAUUAAUUUCUAAGAAAAAGAUAAAAUUGGAAAAAGAAGUUUAAAUUUGGACUUAAUGUUGUCUGCUGAAAUUGAGUGCAUUUGACAAAUCAUUGGUCAGGUCACCCUGUCUUGCUUGCUGCUCUUUACUACCUUGUGGUGUGCUACAAGGCCUUGUCCUUCAAGAGUACUUAGCUACUGUAUUCUGACGUUAACUGAAAUGUGCUAGAAAGCUAAGUGUUGCUUGGUGAGGGUUGUAUAGUUUAUUGUGUGAGAACCGUUUGAAUGCAGCAGCUGAUAAAGAGCUAUUCUGAGCAGUCCUGAGCAAACCAACCAAAGAAAUGGUGGCUUUUUGAGAUUUUCUUUCAUCUGGAAGUGGAGAUUUUUCAUCUUGACAUAGUACAUUUUAAGUCGUACAACUUAAAAUGUGUUUUGAUUAUGCAACUAAAAUUGUAAACUUAAUUUGGCAGUUCGCUGCACUGAAGUUGGUCUGGCAUUACUGAUCAAUAUACCAUUAUGGAAGUGCUAUUGACUCAAGACAAAACAAUUGAAGAUAUAUUUUGCCAGUGGUUUAAAAUGUCACUAAUAGUCUUGUCAGUAAAAGUCACCUAACUAGCCAUUAAAAGUGACUUUAUGGGAGGUACUGUGUAGAUCACAAUGAUACGAAGAUGUUUACAGCUUUUCUAUUUACCUGAAAUUAUAAUUCCUCACUGUAGCAGUUUGUUAGCUAUAUAAAAUAACAUAAAUGAAUGCACAUCCACAAGACUUGUACCAAAAUGUCAGACUUUCUGUGAAAGUGCUCCUUAUUGAAAACAUCAGCUCAGAGUAAAUAGUUAUUUCAUUUGAAUGUUAUUGUACGCGACAUUUAGAUUAAAAAGAAAAGACCAUAACAUUCA